AUGGCCCCUAAGAGCCUACUUCUCAAACACUGCCACCCUCAACCCGCCUCAAAAAGAGAGCCUUAUUUCUAUCUAACAAGACUUCUCGCCUCAAAUCUGGCUCCCGGUGACCAGAAUGGUUUUUCCCCUUUAGAAAAUGCACACGUAUCUGCACACCCAUAUAUAUAUAAUUUUUUUGUUUUUGCAUUUAAAUAUAAAAAUACUACUCUUGAUUUGUGUUGCAAAACAGGAGGACCAAGCAAUGAGAACUUGUUCUUUGAAGGUAGGGCUACUAACCCAUCCCAUCCCCUUUAUGCUGGGCUUGCCUUCCAGUGA